UGCAAAAAUCUGGAAUGCGAUAGAUGACACAUGGAACAAAUAUCUGCACAGUCCUCUCCAUGACGCGGGUUACUAUUUGAACCCAACCUUUUUUCAUUCAAGUAAUUGGUGCCUUAAUGUGAAGAUUUCCGAUGGUCUUUGCUCUUGUAUUACUGGCAUGGCAGAAGAUCGUCGUAUAAAGGAUUUGAUCACACAGCAAAUUGGCACAUUUGAUUUUUUAAGUUCCAAAGAGAUUCUAUCAGAUAUUUCCCCAGGACAUUGGUGGUCAAAAUAUGAAGUUGAGUUUCCCGAACUUGAAAGGCUUGCUGUUCGGAUCCUUAGUCAGACGUGCAAUGGUGCUUCACAUUAUAGGCUGAAAAGGAGCUUGGUUGAGACAUUGCAUAGAAAAGGGAGGAAUCAGAUAGAGCAGCAGAGGCUGAGUGACUUGGUAUUUGUCCAUUGUAAUUUGCAAUUGCAGGCAUUUGAUCCCGAAGGAGAAAAUGAUAUUGCAGAGGAUGUUGUUGACUCCAUGGAUGAGUGGAUAGUCGGAAAAGGGGAAAAUUUGGUGUCUGAAAACACUCAACUUACAUGGAUGGACUUGGACUUGGAAUAGGCAAGCACAAAAGGAAAGGAAAAAGUUAAUUACAUAAAGGAGGAAGCGGAAGAGUAGACAAUUUUAUUUA